GACCAUUUCAGCAUGAUGGUGUUCCGCAUCGGCAUCCCCGACCUGCACCAGACGAAGUGCCUGCGCUUCGACCCGGGCGCGGCCGUGUGGGCGGCCAAGCAGCAGCUGCUCUGCGCCCUGACCGAGGGGCUCCACGACGGCCUCAACUACGGCCUCUUCCAGCCCGCCGCCGCCGGCCGCGACGCCAAGUUCCUGGACGAGGAGCGCCCGCUGCGCGACUACCCCCAGAGCUUCGACCAGGGCGUGCCCUACCUCGAGUUCCGGUACAAGACCCGGGUGUACAAACAAACGAACCUGGACGAGAAACAAUUGGCCAAGCUCCACACCAAGACGGGGCUGCGGAAGUUUCUGGAUUACGUCCAGCACGGCUCGGCCGAGAAGGUGGCGCGGCUGCUGGAGCGGGGGCUGGACCCCAACUACCACGACUCCGACUCGGGGGAGACGCCGCUGACGCUGGCGGCGCAGCGCGAGGGCCCGGCUGAGGUGGAGAUCAUCCGCCUGCUCUGCCUGGGCGGGGCUCACCUGGACUUCCGCGCCCGCGACGGGGCCACCGCCCUGCACCGCGCCGUCUGCACGCGGCACUGCACCGCGCCGUCUGCGCUGCUGGACCUGGGGGGGUCCCCGAACUACAAGGACCGGCGGGGCCUGACCCCCCUGUACCACACGGCCAUGGUGGGCGGCGACCCGCGGUGCUGCGAGCUGCUGCUCUACAACCGCGCCCACAUCGGCACGGCCGACGAGAACGGCUGGCAGGAGAUCCACCAGGCGUGCCAGCACGGCCACUCGCAGCACCUGGAGCAUUUGCUGUUCUACGGCGCCGAGGCGGCGGCACAGAACGCGUCCGGCAACACCGCGCUGCACAUCUGCGCCCUCUACAACAAGGAGAGCUGUGCCCGGAUCCUCCUGUACCGAGGGGCCAACAAGGAGGUGAAGAACAACAGCGGGCAGACGCCCUUCCAGGUGGCCGUCAUCGCCGGGAACUUCGAGCUGGGGGAGCUCAUCAAGAACCACCGGGACAGCGACGUGGUUCCCUUCCAGGAGAGCCCCCAGUUCGCCGGGCGCCGCCGGGAGCCCCUCCGGAGCCUCCCCCUCCCCCCCCAGCGCCUCCUGCGGGCCAACAGCGACACCGGGGGGGGGGCCCUGCCCGAGUGGGUCCUGAGGGGUCCCCCCGGAGCCCCCCCCGGCCCCGCCCCCCCCUCGGGCACCCUGCGCAGCUCCAGCUCCCCCCGGGGGGCUCGGGCUCGCUCCCCCUCCCGCGGGCGGCACCCGGAGGAGCCCCGGAGGCAGCCCCGGGGCAGGCCCAG